CUGACUCCCGUGGAAACAUAGUUUGUCUUUGUCGAGCAUUUCAACCUCAACAUCUCGUUCAUCUCCUCCUUUGCCAACCCAGUUCCUAUAGCGAAGCCUGCAAAUUGAUUUUGCAGAAGAAGCAGAAAAAAUGGCAGGAACUUCAUUCCUCUCCCUACUCCGCCCUUCCCCUUUCACUUCCCAACUCGUUCCUUCGUUCAUCAAAUAUCCCUUUCUCUCUCCCCUCCUUCCUCUCCACUCCCCUCCUACCUACUCCACUCCUCUCUCAACCCACUCCUCUCAGGACAAGCACGACCGUCGCUGCUCUCGUAUUCCCUGCUCCGUCUUCUCCUCCUCCUUUCCAGGCGACCGUCCUACAUUCGAGCACGAAGAUGGCAAUUUAGACCCUGAAACGCAGGAAGCCCUCCUCAGAGGAGGUGAGCAGGUCACCUCUGUUCUUGAGCAAAUGAUCAUGCUGCUUGAGGACAUGGAAAUGGAUGAAGCGUCGGAGGCAGUGGCGGUGGAGAUCGCAGCACAAGGAGUUAUAGGAAAAAGGGUUGAUGAGAUGGAGUCGGGUUUCAUCAUGGCUCUUGAUUAUAUGAUAGAACUUGCUGCGAAGGAUAAUGAUGACAAGCGCAAGUCUCUUCUGGAGAUUCUCAAGCAAACAGUUUUAGACCAUCUUACCAAAAAGUGUCCACCCCAUGUUCAAGUGAUUGGAUUGCUUUGCCGAACUCCUCUUAAGGAAAGCAGACAUGAAUUAUUACGUCGAGUAGCUGGUGGUGGUGGUAUUUUCAAAGGGGAAAAUGAUCUAAAGGUACAACUACCAGGAGCAAAUCUGAAUGAUAUAGCCAACCAGGCUGAUGACCUGCUGGAGACAAUGGAAGCCAGGCCAACAGUUCCAGAUAGAAAAUUGCUUGCUAGACUUGUUUUGAUCAGGGAAGAAGCCAGGAAUAUGAUGGGUGGUGGGAUAUUAGACGAAAGAAAUGAUCGUGGCCUGAGCACACUUCCUGAAGCAGAGGUCAACUUCUUGAGCAAGCUUGUUACCUUGAAGCCAGGAAAGAAUAUCCAGAUAAUGAUUGAAAAUGUCUUGCAUGGUAAAGAUGAAGGUGCUGACACUAAGGAUUCCGGAGGCCAGCAGCAACAGAUGCUAGGUGGAAUAACUGGAAGGGGAAGCAUAUCAGGUCGUAAGCCACGACCUGUUCGUCCUGGGAUGUUCCUUGAGACUGUUACCAAGGUUUUGGGUGGAAUAUAUGCAGGAAACGUGUCUGGCAUUACGGCACAACAUUUGGAAUGGGUUCAUGAGAAGACAUUGCAAAUUCUUCAAGAAAUGGCCUUUAGUUGAGAUUGGUAUUCUUUAUGUUAUAUCUGAUUCAUUAUAUCAUAUCCUUAUAUGUAUCCUUAUAUGGGAUUUGAGCUGCCUUGGCUUCUGAGGUAAAAAAAGUUUUUCAUACAUACGAGGUACACUUGGCUGUGCAUAGUCUGAGUGAGAAGGUCUGUCCCAAGUCUGAUCUGUAUGCGAAUGACUAGCAGUUACUAUCUUUCAAUUAGACAUCAGUAAUUUGAACCUUGAAGAGGCUUAUGCAAAUUCCUUUGGUCAGUUUCCUCCAAAGAUUUGAAAUAUUUAUGGUUACAAAAGCUUCAAUGACAGUUUGGAACUUUUGAAUAUGGUUGUGAACACCCUUGUAUUUUUUUUAUCAAAUAUGUUAUCUUUUUUAUGCAGGGCCAUCAUUUUUUUAAAUUUUGACUGGCAGGGCAAGUUAUUUUGCCCAUAAUAAUGAUCUUCUAGCAAUUGAAUACAA